GCCCAGCCCUGCCCAGCCCAGGACGCCGGGGCAGAGGGAGCCGCAGUGAGCCGGGCGGGCCGGAGCGCGCCCGCUGCCCGGAGCCAUGGCCGAGACUAAUUUCAAAUUGCUCACAUGUGCUGGCAUCCUCUGUUGCUUGAUAUGGACUGGAUUUGCCCAGCAAGGUGGAAGCGACUGCAUAAAAGCUAAUGCAAAGUCAUGUGGGGAAUGUAUACAAGCAGGACCAAACUGUGGCUGGUGUAAAAAAACAGACUUUUUGCAAGAAGGAGAGCCAACAUCUGCCCGGUGUGAUGACUUGGCAGCACUGAAGAGUAAAGGCUGCCCUAUGGAAGAUAUAGAAAAUCCCAGAGGCAGCAAACAGCUGCUUGAAAAUAGAGAAGUAACAAAUCGUAAGAAAGGUGCUGCAGAGAAGCUGAAACCAGAAGCCAUUACACAGAUCCAGCCACAGAAAUUAUCACUGCAUCUAAGAGUCGGGGAACCCCAGACAUUUUCAUUAACAUUCAAGAGAGCUGAAGACUACCCCAUCGACCUUUAUUAUCUUAUGGACCUCUCCUAUUCUAUGAAAGAUGAUUUAGAAAAUGUGAAAAGUCUCGGAACAGCUCUGAUGUUAGAGAUGGAAAAAAUAACUUCAGACUUUCGGAUUGGCUUUGGCUCUUUUGUGGAGAAAACUGUCAUGCCUUAUAUUAGUACAACACCAGCCAAACUGAGAAAUCCUUGUACAGGGGACCAGAACUGUACAAGUCCAUUUAGCUAUAAAAAUGUGCUCAGCCUUACCAGUGAAGGAAACAAAUUCAAUGAACUUGUAGGUAAACAGCACAUUUCUGGGAACUUGGAUUCUCCUGAAGGUGGAUUCGAUGCAAUAAUGCAGGUUGCAGUUUGUGGGGAACAAAUUGGCUGGAGGAAUGUUACAAGACUAUUAGUGUUUUCCACGGAUGCUGGAUUCCACUUUGCAGGAGAUGGUAAACUUGGUGGAAUUGUUCUGCCAAAUGAUGGGAAAUGUCAUCUGGAAAAUAAUGUGUACACAAUGAGCCACUAUUACGAUUAUCCCUCCAUUGCUCAUCUGGUACAGAAACUUAGUGAGAACAAUAUUCAGACAAUCUUUGCUGUUACUGAAGAGUUUCAGGCAGUCUAUAAGGAACUGAAAAAUCUGAUACCGAAAUCAGCAGUGGGAACAUUGUCUUCAAAUUCCAGCAAUGUGAUUCAGCUGAUCAUUGAUGCAUACAAUUCUCUUUCUUCAGAGGUUAUCCUGGAAAAUACUAAGCUACCAAAAGGAGUGACAAUCAGUUACAAGUCUUUCUGCAAGAAUGGAGUGAAUGGCACACAAGAAGAUGGAAGGAAGUGUUCUAACAUUUCAAUUGGAGAUGAGGUUACAUUUGAGAUUAAUAUAACAGCUAAUGAAUGUCCAAAGAAGGAGCAAAAUGAAACAAUUAAAAUUAAGCCACUAGGAUUCACUGAAGAAGUGGAGAUUAAUCUCCAGUUCAUCUGUGAGUGUCAGUGUCAAAGUGAAGGAGAGCCUAAUAGUCCAGCCUGCCACGCAGGAAAUGGAACAUUUGAAUGUGGUGCGUGCAGAUGUAAUGAAGGACGUAUUGGAAGACUAUGUGAAUGUAGCACAGAUGAAGUAAAUAGUGAGGAUAUGGAUGCUUACUGCAGGAGGGAGAACAGCACAGAAAUCUGCAGUAACAAUGGAGAAUGCAUUUGUGGACAGUGUGUGUGCAAGAAAAGGGAAAACACCAAUGAAGUGUAUUCUGGCAAAUACUGUGAAUGUGACAACUUCAACUGUGAUCGAUCAAAUGGUUUAAUCUGUGGAGGAAACGGAAUCUGCAAGUGCAGAGUGUGCGAGUGUUUCCCCAACUUCACUGGCAGUGCCUGCGAUUGUUCUUUGGAUACUACACCGUGUAUGGCAUCUAAUGGGCAGAUUUGCAAUGGAAGAGGAACCUGUGAAUGUGGCACCUGUAACUGUACAGAUCCCAAAUUCCAAGGCCCCACGUGUGAAACGUGUCAGACUUGCCUCGGUGUCUGUACAGAGCACAAGGAUUGCAUUCAGUGCAGAGCUUUCGACAAGGGAGAGAAGAAGGAGACGUGUUCCCAGGAGUGCAUGUAUUUCAACAUGACACGUGUGGAGAGCCGGGAGAAGCUGCCACAGCCCAACCAGCCCGACCCCCUGUCUCACUGCAAAGAGAAGGAUGUUGAUGACUGCUGGUUCUACUUCACCUACUCUGUCAACUCAAAUGGUGAAGCCCAUGUCCACGUGGUGGAGACCCCAGAGUGCCCCAGCGGUCCUGACAUCAUUCCCAUUGUAGCUGGUGUGGUUGCUGGAAUUGUUCUCAUUGGACUUGCAUUAUUAUUGAUUUGGAAACUACUAAUGAUCAUUCAUGACAGAAGAGAAUUUGCUAAAUUUGAAAAGGAGAAGAUGAAUGCCAAGUGGGAUACGGGUGAAAAUCCUAUUUACAAGAGUGCAGUGACGACUGUGGUUAAUCCUAAAUAUGAGGGAAAAUGAACACUGCUUGUAUAACUUCACAACACUGUAUGCAGUAUAGCAACUUUUGUAGUCACAAUAAGAUAGAUUUAGGGCAAACUGCAGUGAUUUUACUAAUUCAUUACAUAUAGGUUUGUUUUCCUGUGUGAAAAUGUACCAUAUGUAAUUUUUUAUUUUUCUUUUUUUUCAAAA